AUGCUUCUGAAGGCGGCCCGUGAUGGCGACUUGGAGGCAUGGGAGCGCAAGCAGCUUCCUCCGACCUCUGCCGCUGAGACGUGGAGUAAAGCGGCUGCAGAGGCCGUGCUGAUGAGUCGCCUCCAGACCGCCGCUCGAGUUUCUGUGGAUGCGUCCAGGAGGCUCGAGAUCCGGGGCGACGACUUUGUUCUGAAUGGCCACGUGCAUCGCAUCAUCUCUGGCUCUGUGAGUUACUUCAGGGUACUGCCGCCUCAGUGGCGUGAUCGCAUGGAGAAGCUGAAGGCGCUUGGAUGCAACGCUGCCGAGGUCUACGUGCCUUGGAACCUUCAUGAGCCCGAGCCGGGAAGCUUCGACUUCGAGGGUCGCUGCGAUCUGUCGGCUUUUCUGGAGCUGUGUCAGGAGCUUCGCGAGGAAACACAGGAGCUGCAGCUGGAUGUGCUGCUUCGACCCGGGCCAUACAUCUGCGCGGAGUGGGACUUCGGCGGCCUUCCAUGGUGGCUUCUGCGCAAUCCGGAUCCUGUUCCGUUGAGAUCUUCGGACCCGAAGUUCCUUGAGGCAGUGGAGAGGUGGUGGUGCAGUCAGCUGCUGCCGCGAAUUCGCCCGCAUCUGGCAGCAAACGGUGGCCCCAUCAUCGCCAUGCAGGUGGAAAACGAGUACGGGUACUGGGGCAUCGACCCGGAUUAUUUGGAAAAGCUGCGCAAGAUGAUGCUGGACACCUUGGGCUCCGAAUGUCCGCUGCUUUUUACCAGCGAUGGAACCUUCUGGCCGGACUUGCAGGCGCAGCUGUGGGACUGUGGGACCUGGUCUGCCCUGGCCAACGGUGGCCUUGACAGCAUGCUUCGCACUGCCAACUUCGGCUGGUUUGAUGCCUGGGGGGCGCUGACCGGCAAGAGCUUCCGGGACCCCAAAGAUGUGGCGAGGACCUUGCGCGGCAUUUUGGAUGCCGGGGCGUCUGUCAACUUCUUUGUGUUCCAUGGAGGUACUUCCUUUGGCUUCUGUGGGCCUGGUGGAAACAUUUCGCAGGUCGGGCAGUAUGAGCCUCAGGUCACCUCGUAUGACUAUGGUGGCUUGCUCGACGAGGCAGGUGAGAUCACCACGAAGUACCUUCGCUGCCGAGAAGUCCUGGCAGACUUCCUGAAGCAGCCCGAACUGCUCGAGCGCAGCUUUCCAAAGACGCGCCGGCUUCCGGAAUCGCCUCCUCUGGAGAUCGAGGCGUCCCUGUCACUGGAGCAGGCCCUGCCCUCCCUGGCCAGGGCCAAGGAUCCCGUGAAAUCGGCUGUGCCCCUGGCAGCAGAGCAGGUCGGACUGGGCUAUGGAUACAUCUUGUACCGCUCCCAGAUUCCGGCCAGUGACCUGCCCUUGACCUUCGGAGACGACGUCAUCCGGGACUUCGCAUCAGUUCUUCUGGAGGGUCGCGUUCUCGGGACGAUUUACCGCAACGACUCUGGUCGCUCCCGGGAGUUCCAGGUGCCAAAGGCCGGGCGGCUGGAAGUUCUCGUGGAGAUGAUGGGCCGUGUGAACUUCGGCCCGGCGCUUCUACAGGAGAGGAAGGGCCUGGUGGGGCCGGGCUGCGUCCAGCUGGGCACCCCCUUCACGGGCCCCUUGCGUGCCAUCUUAGGCUGGGAAAUCUUUGCUCUUCCCAUGGAUGAAGAAAGCCUCGCGCAGCUCCCCUGGGAUGCCUGCGAGGGGACGGCGGCCCGAAAGAGCGCCUGGGAACGAGGGCCACGGUUCUUCCGUUAUUCGCUGCAUGUCCAGCAGCCCGCCGACGGCUUCCUGGCCCUCGAAGGCUUCAUCAAAGGCUUCGCCUGUGUCAACGGCUUUAACCUUGGCCGGUAUUGGCAGGUCGGUCCCCAGCAGACACUGUACAUUCCUUAUCCUGUUCUCCGACGUGGCAAGAACGAGGUACUGGUCUUCGACAUUGACAGUCCAGAGCUGGGAGAGGCUGAGGACAUGCCUGUGCUAAUGUGGUAUCCGCAGUGGACUCCUCUUGUGGCCCUGGCCGCGAGUGGAAGUGUGGAUCGUGCUCAGGUCGUAGCAGAGCUACUGUCAGCCCAGACAGCGUCUGCAGAGCUUGCCGACGAGACCGUUGCGCAGCACUUUGUCAAGGCUCGCGACAAACAUCCAGCUUGCCCUCAGAUAGAUUUUCAGGGGCCGCAAACGACCGUUCCCGCAAGUGCCGACGGCUUCAGUGGAACAGCUUUGACCAAGGCCCUUGCUGCGCUUCAUCCCAAUGAGAUGGAGUCUUUUGUGGGAGAUCUUCGACCGGAGGCGGAAUCGGUGUCGUUGUCGUUGUUGUCGUUUCAUAUAGUUGUGGUUGUGGUUGUUGUUGUGGUCUUGCUUGUGGCUGUGGCUGUGGCUGUGGCUGUGGCUUUUGCUGCUGAUGCUGCUGGUGCUGUUGUUGUUGUUGCUGCUGCUGUGGUUGUUGUUAGCAUUGGCAUGCGGAUUUAA